GAAAAACAUUUAUAUUUAAAAUUGUUCAGGUUAUUUACUUCCGCCUGUUUAUUGCUUUAUAAAAAGCAUAAUGUUAAACCAAGCUGAUGUAAAUACUAAAAACUGUGUAUUUAAGGACGGUUGAUCAUUUGGAAGUUAGAUGUAGACAAAAAUUGUAGAUGAUAAUUUUACAUAGACAGGAAUAAGUUAAGUAUCAUUACAUGAGUAAAACUUGAGAACUGUGAUUAAAUGUUACUGUAAAGUAUUAUGUUUAAAAUGACUGUGAAAUGAAAUUGGGACAGCUUUAUUGGUGAAUAGUUCAGUUCAGAUUACACAUUUGAAUAAAAUAUCUACAAAAUGGCUACUGGUAAACAAAUAGAUACAGAUAUUCUUUCCGAUGAAAUAAUUGAUGUAUCAUGUUCAAUGUGUGAAAAUAAAGGGAAAAAUACUGAAGGUGAAAAAUACUGUGUAGACUGUAAGGAUUAUUUCUGUAUAACUUGUGUUCAAGUACAUGGUCAAGUUCCUCUGUGUGCUCAUCACAAGGUGCUGGAUAAAUCUCAAGUUAAGUCAGGAUCGAUCAGCAAAGGUCUACCGAGGGCACCAACAGAGAGAUGUGACAGACACAGUCAUAAACACAUUGAUAUGUACUGUCAGAACCAUGAUAAUGUUGGCUGUUCUACAUGUAUGGCAGUUGAUCACAGAUUAUGCAAGGACAUAUUCUACAUACCAGAAUUUAUCCAAAACAAUACUUACCAAGUUGCAACCAGAGAAAUUCAAACAAAACUCAAGGAAAUAACCAAGACCCUUGCUAAACAAGCUGAUAUAUUUAAAAAGGAUAAACAAAGGCUGCUGAAGAGGAAAACAGAAAUACUAGCUGAUAUCAGAAAAUUCCGUCAAGAAAUCAAUGACCAUCUUGACAAGAUGGAGAAAAGUUCUAUAGAUGACAUAGAUGAUAAGGUCAAAAGUCUUGAAGACAAGAUUGAAGACAGUCUCAAACAACUACAUGCAAACAAGUCCAGGGUUACAUCAGCUAAUGAUAAAUUAGCAUCUACAAACACAAAUAAAGCUGAAGUAUUUGUUCAUGUUAAGAUGGCAGAGGAUGCUGCAAAUGUUGCCAACAAAUAUAUAGAAGAUGCAAAAUUUAAAAGUACUUUGGAAGACAUAGACUUUCAACCUGAUAGAACAAUUCUUACACAGCUAGAACAAAAGAAGACCCUGAAAAAGAAACAUACAAAAACGUCUGUCAAUUUAUUUCAGAUUAAAGGAAAUAAAUCAUAUAAUGUAAAAGUUAAGAAUGAUAAAAGUGGUUGUUGUAUCCGGAAUGCCUGCUUUAUGGAAGAUGGUACAAUAAUUCUAUCUGAUCAAUACAACAACAAGCUCAAACGGUUACACAGUUACAACUAUACUGUCACAGACUGCUGUGAUCUACCUGGAGGGCCAUGGCAAGUGUGUAUGAUCAAUAACACACAAGUAGCAGUCACUUCAUUACAAAAGGAAGUUCAUUUCAUUUCUCUUAGUGGUAAAAUGAAAACAACAAACAAAUUAAACACUGAUUUUAAAUGUUCUGGACUUGCAUUCGCAAACAAUAAUUUAUAUAUUUCAGACCUUUACACAUCAGUAUAUAUGUAUACAUUAUCUGGUAGGAAACUUAAACAGUUCAGUAAAGAUCAAUCAGGACAUAUGCUGUUCUGUGAAAUAACCAGUGUAGCUGUCAGUAAGGAUGCUACAAGGAUUUAUGUUGCUGACUAUCUUAAUGGACUGAUAGUACUAGACAACAAUGGCCAGGUUAUUACAUCAUUUAUUGGUGAACAAUUAAAGGGGGCUUCUUGUUGUUAUCUCACAGAAGCAGGUAGUGUGCUGGUAUCUGGAUAUGGCUCCAAUAAUGUUUUACAGUUUACAUAUGAUGGUGAGCUGAUGGGUGAGGUUAUAAAAGCUGAUAGUAGAAAAAGUAGAAUAUGUUCAGUCUGUUGUAAUCAACAAAUGUCAAAGAUGUGUAUAAGCAGAUAUGAACAUGACAACAUUGAAGUACAUGAUAUCUAAUCCUUUAAGUAAAUAAAUGAACAACUAUCAACAAAAAUAUUAUUUAAAGAAUAUCCUGAUUCAUAUGUAAAAUUCAAUAUUGAAACAUAAAAUGUAAGAAGAAAAACAUAGAAACUUAAAUAAUGUGAUUGUGACAAGUACAUGUAUAGACAUGUUCAAUAUGUAAUGAUGCAAGUUUAGUUUAAUUCAUUGUGAAUUAACUUGAACUAUUUUGUAAACAUUUCUUUUGUUUAUCAUCUUGCAUUAUGAUUUAUAUCAAGAUUUAUAUAUUUUUUAAAUUGUAUGUUGUGUAAAUGAGACUGUGUUUAUGAGUGAAAUAAAUGUAGAAUUAAACAAUUUUUUUG